CGUCAACCUCACCAUCUCGAUCGCCUCACAACCGCUCACCUUACCUCUACACCCCCGCCACUUUAUUCGGCCUGCUCAAAACUUUCUGGAAGGACUCUCCGUUCAAUCGUCUUCUGGAAUCUGCAGGGUUUUUCUUGUUUCACAAACCUAGACCUAGAAUUCCUCACAAGUCCUUGUCGACGAGAACCCCCUCCCGCGCAUAGUUGUGUGUCCAAAUACAGGACAAACAUUCUCCGACGAAAGGAACCUCCAUCCCGGUCAACAUUCCCACCGGGUAACACGGUAAUUCCCCCGAGGCCAAUGACAACAUCCAUGCCAUUCUCUCGGAUGGGCAACCUGCCCGCCGUUAGACGGCAGCAUCUCCUUGCCGAGUUUGCCGGUCUCAAACAGGCAUGUCCAAAUGGCGUCUUCGUCAGUCUCACGCCCGGUGACCCGAAUCUGUGGUCGGGCGUGAUCUUCGUACGCAAAGGUCCAUACGCCAACGCCGUCCUCCGCUUCCAGGUCUCCUUCCCGGACUCGUAUCCGAACCUGCCGCCCCUGGUUACCUUCUCCACAGACAUGUUCCACCCCCUUAUCACGCCUCUUACCACGUACAUGUACAGCACCGACGUCCAGCACAACGGUACCGUCAGUGCCACCGAUGAGGAGCGCCUCCCCCCCGGAGGCUUCAGUCUACGUCAUGGCUUCCCGCACUGGUUUGGUAGGGCCAGUCGGUCCCGUGGGGAGCGUGGUAGUGGCGAUCAACGAGGAAGGCCGCCUGCGUCUCUACAGAUGACGCCCCCACCGGACACUCGCAAGGUCCAGACCGGGAACAGAUCCGAAGAUGGGUCCAAGAAUGGCGGAGGGACGGAAGGGACGCCGGAGUCUACCACCGAAGGCAACGCAGAUGUGGCUUCUGACUGCAGCAGGUCAGCCGCCAGGCGGGACGUUUCAACCUACGAGGUUCUCCGGUACAUCCGUAGCACCUUUGAUGAUGCAAACGUUCUUGACUCAGUCCCACUUGAGGCGGCUGGCAAUCCGGGCGCCUGGCAUGCGUGGCGCACUCAUCGGCGACAACAGGCUGCCAAUGUGACUUCUUCUCCCGCUUCUGUAAAGUCUGAUCCGGACUCGAAUUUGAUCAAAAUAGAUGAGACCAUUACAAGUCCUACACCAAGCGGAAAUGCGGAGACAAGUUCAGCCACAACGACAUCGGCCGCACCAAAGCGUCCUGACGAGUGGAACUGGGACGGUGUUUGGGAAGAGAGGGUCAAGAGAGGUAUCGCGACAAGCUUGUCAGAGCCGGUCUUGUUUGGAAACGCCGGGGCGGCAGAUGAAGUGGUUAGUCAACGACGUUGUGUCAAUUCUCCUAGCCUUGAAAUCAUGGGCUAUUGCUAACGAGGGUGUAUCGACAGAUCAAUUUCAUCAGCAUGGAGGAAGCAGAUGUCGAAGGAACAAAACAAAACCUCCUUAGGACCCUUGGUGUUAUACUUUAGUGACUACCACCGAAGGAGUUCCACAGCUCUAGUGCAAGUUCCUGUGUACCUUGCUUCGCGAAAAGUAGUACUUUCCCUGGGAACCUGCAGGGACUAGAAACUGGUUCAGGAAGCAACUGCGAAAUAGGCGUUCCUCCCCUCUUCGCUUUCUUCGAGGAGAUGGAACGUGACGAUGACAGCAGAUCAGAGGGCCUUGAUCAAAACCACCAAGCGCUGAAACUAAACCCAACUUAACCUAAUCCUAAUAUACCCGGACAUCAUCAGAGCAGACAGUUCGAGUGUUAUCCAAGUUCGACGUUGGGUGUUAUCCAAGUUCGACGUUGGGUG